CCCCUAUAGCCUCUUGCCCUCCUUCAGAGAUCAUAAUGAUCACAAAGAAAAUACCCUAGUCAGUAAGAAUGUUUUGCCGGGGUAAAUUUGAGUAAAGCACGGCAUUUAUCAAUAGUAAAUGGUUUAAUAGUGCGGCGGCCAGUUUCGUAUGGCCACUAGCCAUAGGAACACCAAGAAGAGAAAGAAAAGCAGGGCAUGAAACUGACACCAGUCGGAAUCAAGUCAGAGGAAGUCAAAGUCGCGUUGAUUCAAAGUAUCCACGCAUUUUCCUAUGCAUAUUUUUGUAUCUUAAGUCGCAAUUUUCAGUAUUUAAGUACUUGUAAUGUAAUAUGACUUGCAUCUACACAGCGAAAAUUAAUCGAGGUAAGAAAGUUCUUGGAGUGUGUUGUCAGAUGUCACAACAACAGCGGGCAGUCGACAUUUGUUUGUAUCUCUCCACCAGAAAUUAUUUUAACGAGACAUUGUUAUGUCUCUGCCUAGUCUCGAUCCUUCACAGUCUUUAGAUUUACCCUCACAACCUCCGCCACUUUUGCCAACUGGCACAUUACCAACACCAAUGGACACUACCCCAAGCCCAGCUAUUGUCGGUUCACUAGCCAGUACAAACACAAUUUCGCCAAUGCAGUUAGGGAAUGUUAUGCAAGUUCCAAACACGCUAUCAAGUGCUCAAAGUGUUGCCCCUACACCAGCACAAGGAUCAUCCAGUAUGAAAAACCUGAGUAAUAGUUCAACUGCAGCCAAUUCUGUUGCAGACGCACCAGCUCAGCUUUUGAGCAAGGCACGUCUACAGGAUUUAGUCAGAGAAAUAGAUCCCACCGUUCAGUUAGAUGAUGAGGUAGAAGAACUUCUUAUGCAACUUGCUGAUGACUUUGUAGAAACAGCUGUCAACUCGGCCAGUUCAUUAGCAAAGCACAGAAAGGCUACUACAAUUGAUGUCAAGGAUGUACAACUUCAUCUAGAGCGGAAUUGGAACAUGUGGAUACCAGGAUUUGGAAAUGAUGAAAUUCGUCCAUUCAAGCGUGCUUCUAUGACUGAAGCCCAUAAACAGCGACUUGCCUUGAUUAAGAAAACCUUGAAAAAGUAUUAACAUCUCGUUCCUGUUUAGACAUGUUAGACAUGCAUUGAUCAGAGCAAUGGUUUGUCACUUAGUAUGUAAAUGUUUGUGACACAAGCUAUCACAGGUCUGAGAAUGGUGUUAUAGUUGAGUGGUCUCAAAGAAACAAGAAUGGGCUGUAAGGACCCAUUGUCUUCUCAUGUGAUAUGAAAUGUUACAAAUUUUUGUUGUUGUCAUAUCUGUUUUUAUAACUAGAAGGAAAAGUGUUAUGUAUGUAUAAUCCUGUGUGUGCAAUAUUAAUUUUCUGUAGGACAACUGGGAUGGAUGCCUAUUUGAUGUAAAUGGCCACUAAAUUAGUUUUUAUUUCUAAGUAGAACUGGCUUUUUAACACCGUAAAGAUAUAAGGGAAAACAUGUUAUGGUUGUGGUGUCAUUUUCCAUUUAAAGAUAUCAAGCAUUGUCACUGUAAUUUUGGAAAAUACUUUUAAAAGUCUGGGAUCUUAUCCAUUUGUUCUUAUUCUAAUUAAAAAAUUACAAAUUUUGAAAAAUUGUCAAAAUGGGUUCUGUUUAAUUUGUAAUCUUAUUUUUAUACUGAUCAUGAUCUCAAAUGUUGUUUCCUUUUAUUUGAGUAAGUGAACUUGUUCCAGAGUUUUAAAAUGUGUACAUGUACAUAUUCUGCUCACUCAAGAGUCAAGAAAUGCAUAGAGUAAUAUAAUUUGUUGUGAGUAUCAUUAAAACCUUACUGUACAUUA